UCAAUUAAGUCUGUAACGAGGUCAAUAUGUAGUAUAUAUAGACUAAAGAUUUGUGUGUUUCCUAUUCACAAUGGCUUGCCCUUUGUUGGAUGAUGUAGUUGAUGAGGAAGUUUUAAUACUCAGACGAGCAUUCAGGCAUGAAAGAGUCUUCCGAGAUAGGGCAGACCCAUUGGCCUUUUCAGACGAAUAUCUGACUGAGAGGUACAGAUUCUCAGGUGAUGGCAUCAGAUAUUUGUGUAGGCUGCUGGGUCCAAACAUACAGCACAGGACAGCACGGAGCCAUGCUCUCACUGUCCCACAGAUGGUCUGCGUAGCACUGCGAUUCUUUGCAAGUGGCAUGUUUCUGUAUUCUGUCGGUGAUGCAGAAAACCUCAAUAAAGCCACUAUUUGCCGCACAAUAAGAAAUGUAAGUCUGGCAAUGAAAUCUCUUGUGCACAUAUUUAUCACCUUCCCUGGUCACAGAAGAUUCAUCCACAUCAAGGAGGAGUUCUACAAGAUUGCAGCUUUUCCUAAUGUAAUUGGUACAGUGGAUUGCACCCAUAUUCGUAUCCAACGCCCCUCAGGGGCACAUGAGGGAGAUUAUGUUAACAGGAAAUCCUUCCACAGUAUCAAUGUUCAGAUGAUCUGUGAUGCUGACUGCCUUAUCACAAAUUUAGAGGCAAAGUGGCCUGGCUCAGCCCAUGACUCCAGAAUCUUUCGGGCCAGUAGAAUUUACCAGAGACUCUCUCUAGACUCCCAAACCCCAGCACAGCAAGCUUACAACCAUGCCCAUGCCAAAACCAGGGCUCGAAUUGAAAUGACCUUCGGCCUCCUGAAAUCACGAUUUCAGUGCCUGCACCACCUGAGGGUCUCCCCAGACAGAGCAUGUGACGUGACCGUUUCCUGCACAGUGCUGCACAAUAUUGCCAGCCUAAGAAAAGAAAGGGCUCCCAGAGUUGCUUUGGAUGUUGAUUGGGACAAUGCUGCCAUAUUCCCAGAUAACAGAAAUGGUAGACUUGUUAGAGAACAAUACAUUGCAAAUUAUUUCAGUUAAUUUAGUUUUGA